CGAGAUACUCUGUAAUCAUGAUGGGAACCGUCCAGGAGUACAGGCAACGACGUGAUAAAGCUCGACAACUGAAACAGAACGAACAGCAGCGACGUUGAUUUAUCGUAAGGAGGAGAAAAGUCAGACGGGUCUAUUCCGGGAGGAGAGAAGUGGAUAUGUCAGAAGCAGAGGUCAUCAAUACGCAUCAGGCAGAACGUCGCAGCGACUGGAAUUUCAGCCGGAGCGGAACAUGGUCGAGACACUAGUCCAGCCGGCAAAGACCGCAGAGUCCUGGCACGACAUGACGUGGGUCCGGCAAUCCACCUCCACCCUCGUCCCUCGUGCAGAGAAAGAGCACCAGAAAAGAGGAGAGGAAACUGCAGCACGCUGGCUCUCGACCUCCGUCUCUCCCCUGGGAAGAAGAAAGGGUCAAAUCUGCAGACCCGGCGACAUGCUCGUCCGCAACGAUAUGGAAACCAUGCGCCUUCGAAGACCUAACCCUAUCGGGAGGGCUCACCGAGCCGUAGGGGUGGAGGGCGAUGGCGACGACGAUGACAAUCGGAUCUUCUAUUCAUUCGCACGAAAUAAACCCUAACCUAAACGAAAGAACGAACCGAGCGGGGACUUUGCGAAGCAGGGAGCUGCUUCUUGCGGAGGAGCAGCUGCAUCUACAUCAACCCUAGCCUCCAAUGCACUCAAGGCGACGCUUGCGAGAGAGUCCGGUCCGGAGUGUUUAAACCCUACUCGCAUCGCCAAUGGCCAGCCGAGCGCAGGGAGGUACUGGCAGGCUGGCUGGCUGGCCGGCUGGAUGGACAUAAGACACCCACCCCGACAUAUUCCAUUGCAGCCCACCCUACCCGAUCGAGCGAAUGGAACCUCAGCGAGCUCGAUAAGCGAAAGGAAUGACCGCGACUCGUCAGAUAACCCGGGCAGAAGCAGAAGUAGUGGGGCAGGAGAAGAGGUGAGGCGAGGCGAGGGAGAGGGUGGGAGAGUCACAGUGAGUUGCAGCAUCUGUGUGGCCUACGUCUUCCUCUGUUUCAGAACCGUCGAGAACAAGUAGCUCUUCAGUGGUGGUGCCGUCGAAGGAAGGAAGGUGGAGGAGGAGGACGAGGUGGGGUGCUGAUUCCGGAGCCAAGGUGGAUAGAAUUGUAGUUGCACACACCCAGUCAGCCAUUCUUCCUCUAGCAGGUCGGGAAUUACCUCUCUCCGCUUGACCUUGCGUAGUGUUCUGCAUGCAUCCUCCACCGAACGCUGCCUUGCCUCUAGCUGGGCAGCUGCUACGGGGCUCGUGGUGGGUCGAUCGCACUCCAGCUCUCGGAGUUUCCCUUCAUUUGCACGAUGUAUUUUCUCAGGCCGAGGGGCAAGGGGGGUGUUGUAGAGGACAAGAAGAUUUUGAAAGCAAAUUUGUGGUCGUCACUUCCUGAUGAUCUGGUGGAAAGAGUGUUGACCAAGCUCUCUUUCUCCACUUUGUUCAAGUGUCGCACUGUGUGCAAGAGAUGGAACGAGCUGAUUCUCUCACAGAAUUUCAUUCCCGCAAACCAAGAUCCCCCAAAAUGCAUUCCAUUCCAUUUUACCUUUUACACUCCUCCAGAGCACAAAGGCUUACAUGAGACUCAAUAUUUCACUGCGUACGACCCACGGCGCAACAGCUGGGUGGAGCUCUCGCUUUCGUUUUUGAAAUUGGAUCCGGAUUUGGGAAAUUGGGAGAUGGCAGCGUCAGGUGGAGGUCUUCUCUGCCUUGCAACCAUAUCCUGUUCGCAGUUCGUGGUCUGCAAUCCUGUCACUAAACAGUGGAGACUGUUGGAAUUUCCCUCUUCUUUGCCGCCGUCUGACAUUGGCUUUCAACCCCGCCCCUUGGAGCACGUGCCGGCCAAUGAUUUCCUACCCCGUCCUCUGGAGCACUUGCUCGUCGGGUUGAUUGUCAAUCAAAACACUGGUCUGUACAAGCUUGUCAUAGCCGAGAUUUAUGAAUCUUCGCAACGCACCACCCUCGUCUACGAUUCGAAGAAUCGUGCUUGGAAGAAAGGUGCUAACACACCGUCAAUGCCGCACAGCUGUUUCUCACUGAAACCCGGCGUGGCAUGCAAGGGAGCAUUGUACUGGAUUACGGAUGACGACGAUUGGCGAUUUCCUCGGUUGUUCAAGUACGACGUAGAGAACGAUUCGUGGACUACUGCGCUGCUUACCAGCUACGGAUGGGACGUUCGGAUUUUAGAACACAGGAAUGAGCUUAUUCUGAUGACAGAGGAUGGGCGGGCGUGCAUCCUUCACGAGUCUGGCAAGGAAAUGCGCCUGACGCAGAAGAAGAUGCCGAAGCCUUUAUUAGGAAAGCUAGGUAGACAAACUGGUGACAGUGUGCAGAAUUCGUCAUGCAUAGGCGCAGGCGAGUUGAUUUGCUUCGUCAAAGAGGUCCUGACAGAGAGGAAAUAUCGAACUCGGUUGGAGUUCAUUGUUCGAGAUUUUUCCAAAAACACCAGCACCAGCACUACCAAUUUGGAAUACGGCUAUGCUUUGCUCUGCUGGGUUAUAGAGCCUUCUCUUACUGCCCUCGCCUAAAUAGCUGGCUAAUGGGAAGUUUUUGGAAUGCUCCUACCACAACGCUCACAAUGUCGACAUCUGGACGAAGAACCGAAUGAUUGCAGCGAUGUCAAGAAGGGAUAUAAUUUCAGUGAUACAGGGAAGGUCAGAGCUCUGAAUCUCACUGCUCAGUCUCAAGCUGUUGUUCGAGCGGGAGGCCUUCUGAAAGCCCUUUUCACUCUGCAGCAGAACGCGGAUGGAAUGUUGCUGGCUCCCAGCUGAUGGCCAGGCAGUGUCAGUUGCUAUCGGGUCUGUCCUCGAGAUUAUUCCUCCAGGCUUGGUCCUUCUUUACCUUAUCGACGCCAUGGGUUCUGAGAGGUUUCACUUUUUUCUACCAUAUCGCCUCCAGUUUGGUCAUUAAAGUAAUUUCCUAAUCCAGAUUGUUCAUGAGAGAGGAGUGCAGCAGAACAUCAUCCUCAGCCAAACGUGGCUUGUUCUGACCAGAUGGAAGUACUACAUUUCCAAGCAUCAUGUAGCCUAUUGAUCGACAGAGCAGCCCGUGCGUAUGAGAGACCUGCGAUGUACCACGAGCGCACUUAAGCAGUGCCAAGCGAGAUUGUGGAUAUCGGUAGCGGUCAUCAGAAUAUCGUCCUGCCAGUUCCUGGGCCUUGCCAGUGCUUAAUUUCCGAAUACCAACCUCGAUGCAAGGCAAGAAAUCGAGGCGAUGAUAUGAAGAUAUGAAGAUCAGUCAAAAGUUCUGCGCGGAAGGGCUCGAUUUUUAACCUUUUGACUUAUUCUCGUUCAUUAUUCUUGUAGGAUGAUGAGAAACAAGGCAUCUAUGGUCUUAGAAGACCAUAGAAGCCGUUGAUCCGCUAAGUCCACACUAUAUCAGUGUCAGGAUUUAUCGUAUGCCAGCACAAUGCACGGAGCUCGCCCGGGAUCGGUGUCCCUCAUUGUCGAGUAAACCCAGGGCGAGAGCUGUUGUGAAGUGCAAGUUUCAACUAGGUUUCGUCAGAGGAGUGACCCUUUCCUCUGUAUUGGUCUCCACGUGUUAAUUAUAUCUUUGACAUAAUAUUUGAAACCAUUGAAAGCUGAAUCUCCAUUGUGUGUUCACUUCCUCACUCUGUCAACGAUGACAUGUCAAAGCCUACUCAGAGCACUGCUCUCAAGGGUUUUGACUUACAAUGAGUCUGACGGACGUAGGAAAGAGUAGUGCCUCCAAAUGGCCGAGGAUGUCGUCUUGGUGCCCACACGGUCUUGAUGUAUUGAGCUAUCUGAAAAUAUCGAAGGUGCCAGAUUUCGUGACGAAAGGAAAAGUGGACUUCU